GACCAAUCGGGUUGGAGUACGGGCGGGGGCGACAGAAAUAACGGACCGGGGAUCCCUUCGACUGUCUCUGUUACUAAUAAAGGAGGAGCUCGUCUUGGAGAGUUUGAUGAAAUGUGUCAAAAAUGUAAGGAAUUUUAGAGUGUCCUAUACGAGGAGAUUAGCAUGAUAGGCACGGAUCUGGACUCACGCUGAGGUAAGCUGGACUUUGUCCUCAAUAAAUCAACAACCGGUUAGCUAUGCUACAGCUGGAGAAGCUAGCUGUCAGUAUAUAACACUGUCUCUAUAAUAACGAAUUAAAAAUGCACUGAAGACCUAUUUGAGCUCAUGUUAUCGACGUAUUUUUACAGUCAACUACAACGCCAAGCUUUAUAUAGCUAUUUUAAAUGGGGCAGUUUCAAGUAUUAGUCGGUUUGUUUGUAUUGGACUCGUUAAUUCAUCCUAACAAUGAGUUGAUCCUCUCUGCAGGUUUUUGGUCCAGACUGCAUCAGGUUUUCUGUUUCCUCCUCUGAUCCACCUCCUGUCACUGGGAUGUCUCUAGCACAAAGGGUUUUAUUGACCUGGGUCUUCACCCUGGUCUUCCUGAUCAUGCUGGUACUGAAACUGGAUGGAAAGGUAAAAAAAAUCUCAUCUUUAAAUUUGUGAUCAUUUUUGAAAUUGGUUUUUCCAUUUAGUUCAAAACAAACAAAGAAACAGGUGUGGCAGGCAUCAAUUGGACAAUAGUAGUAACAGCAACAAAGAAAACAAUGGUAGUGUAGCAUAACAAACAAGAAAUAAAUAACAAUGGCAAUAUUACCAACCAAACAUAUCAACAAUAUUGAGUGUUGACGAAUAAGACAAAAAGAAACAAGAAAAUAAUAAUAAAAAAAAAUAAUAAUAAUGAUAAAAAAUAGAUAGACAACCCCCCUCUCACCCCCCAGUUUUCAGGGGAUCCACAGGCUUUGUCUCUAUGAAGUAUACUGAUGUACACUGAUGUACAUACAAACACGCAUUGAACACAUGCCUGUAGGGUGCUUGAAAGGGGGUUGGACCACUUAAAUAGAGUCAGUGUCAUGACAAACUCAAUAAUCCUUAUCAAAAAAUAAAUAAAUAGAAAAUAAGUUAAAAAAAACAGGAGAGAGAAAAAAAGGGGAAAUAAAUAAGAAAAUAUAUACAGGGAGUGCCACAUCCCCCCUCCCCCCACCCACCCAUAGGACCCAGAGUAAGAAGAGGUGAUGGCUACAAUAAAGAUUUUGGAGUGGAGAUCGCAUCAUCCCAACAUGUGAUGUUUUCAGGUUUGGCUUGGUGCAAGUUAGCUGCCCAACGUUCCAUAAUGGCAAUAUCUAUGAAAUCUAAAAACCAUUUAUUUAAGGAUAACAAAUGAGGGGGUUUCCAUCUACAUGCUAUCAGCCUUUUAGUGGCAGUGAGACCAGCCAGAAAAAGGCGUUUAAGUUUAGCAGGUAGGUUCAAACCAGAGGAGUCAUUAGGUAAUAAGAUGGUAGGUGAGUGAGAAAUCUGCUUAGAUUAUAUUAUGGACCGCACACUACAAACAUUCUUCCAGAAAACUACAACACCUGGGCACUCCCAAACCAUCUCAUCUUUUAAUUUGUGUCAGUCUGACCUUUCUUUAGGGAAUCUCACCAGUGAUAUAAUUAUUCACUGUAUAAUGAAGAGCUCAAUAAGCCAUGUUUUCACUGCAUAACCAACUCAAAAGAUCCUUUCCCUCCUCCUCACAGGUGCAGUGGAACUGGUUCCUCAUCUUCCUCCCCGUUUGGGUCUUUGAUGGCAUCCUCAUCCUCAUGCUGGCCAUAAAGAUGGCAGGCCGCUGCAAGCCUGGGUAUGACCCACGCAACGGCUCACCAGACCUGCGUCUGCGUGCCUGGUACCUGACGGCCAUGCUGCUCAAGCUGGGCUUUUGCCUGACACUGUGUGCCAAGCUGGAGAAGCUGGCAGAUGUAAAGCUGACAUUUGUGUGCAUACCUCUGUGGACCAUGCUGCUGGGAGCGCUGGUGGAGCUGGGGCUGAAUAUCUUUCCUGAAAGGAGAGAAGCCUGAGAGGGACUGAACAUAAAAAGAAAACGCAGAGGAAAGAUCUGUCUCACUAAGACCUGACUGUGGCUUUUGCUUUGAGAGGACCGGGGAGGAAUUAAAUAAUCAUCUCAGACGUGUGUGUCAAAAUAAUAAUCAUAUUUUGUUCAGACUUUCAAAAUACCCUGACAGGUGGCUCUAUUUCCUUUCAAGAAAAAGUGCUGGCUGUCAAAUGUAUUUAAGACUACUGUGAAUCCUGCACUGGAAAUAAUAUGUCUUUUAAUGAUUGCUUGUCUUUUAAAGUCAAGCUGCUUAGUAUUGUUUUCCGGUGUUUAUCUACACUGUGUAUGAGCCGGCAAAGAAGGAACAGGCAAAUGAAGGCUUCUGUUAUCGAAGCUUUGAAAUGACUCUCACUUUCAGUAACACAGUCUGUCAGUGUAAAUUUUCAGUAUACUUCAGAUAGUGUGUGGCUGUAUUUUUACUCACAAUCAUGCUUCCUUUUCAUUCCUGAGCUGUAGAGAGUUGCUUGCUAAGUAUCAUUUCACAAGUUGUACCUAAAAAUGAGCUUUUGAAGUGGUUUAGGAUGGGAGCAGGGUUUGGCUGCAGGGACAUGAGGAGACUGUUUAGAUAAUCAGAGAGGUUCACAUGAAAAUAGCUUUGAACAACUUGUGAUGCCUCUUAUUUCCCUACCGGCUGCCCUCUCUGCUCGGCACAAGCUCUCUAUUGUACCAACAAGAUCAUCAUGUGCCCUGUGUUAUCUGUUUUUAAGGUACAGAGGUCAAAAGUUGCAGAAAAAAACACUGACAUUGUACAGCUGUUUCUUACUUGGUGACUUGUUUGAUUUGAAGUCAGAUAAUCUUAAAAAUCAGAAUAAAGGGUGGUUAUUACUGUGUAAAUGAAGCCCGUUGGAAUAUGUUUUACCUUCAGCUCUGGUGUUCAAUAUUUAAUAAUCAUGAUACAGCUGUCACUGUGAAAAUUAUUUUGUGCCAUUUGAUUGUUUAAAGGUAUUUUCCAGUUUUUUUGCACAGUGUUGAAGUGAAAAAGAGUGGGUGCUCAAGUCUGAAAUGAUUUGAUAAUUGAUGCAUGUUGUAAAAAAUAAACACUUUCUGUACAUUAAAGUGUGCUGAGUUGUC